AUGACUACCCAAGAUUCCCUAAAGCCAUCCGUGUUGAUUGUUGGUGGAGGUUGUUUUGGCCUUGCCACCGCGUACACUCUUGCUUCUUCUGGUUAUACAAAAGUCACAGUUCUCGAAAAAGAUGAUGUGAUGCCGAGUCGUUUCUCUGCCGGCAACGACCUCAACAAAGUCAUCCGUGCUGAAUAUGCUGAUAAUUUCUACACGAGUCUCGCUAUAGAUGCCAUCGACAAAUGGCAGAGUGACCCGUUGUACAAACCUCAUUUUCGUCAAACUGGCUUUUUAAAUGUGACUUCGGAAAGCGCUCCGCAAGCAACCAAGGAUGUGGUUACGAAUUACUUUACUUCAAUCAGGGAGCAUGAGAGGUUCAAGAAGGAGGUUUCACUCGUUCACGGCGCAGAAGGGAUAAAGAAGGUUGCACCCGCGUUUACUGGUCCCACGGCAGGAUGGUCAGGCUAUUUUAACAAGCUUGCCGGGUAUGCUCAUUCGGCAGACGCAUCGAAAGCUGUUUAUGAUGCCUGUAUUAAGUUGGGCGUCAAUUUCAUCCUUGGUAGAGACAACGGACAAGUAACUGAACUAGUUUAUGACGCCAUAUCAUCUAGAAGGGUGUGUGUCGGGGUUAAAACGCGUGGGAACCAGAUAUACCAUGCAGAAAAGGUCAUAUUGGCUUUGGGUGCUGACGUUCCGGGUUUGAUUCCUCAGUUAGGGCCACAGGUUACUGGUCGUUGCUGGGGCGUGGUGCACAUCCAACUAACGCCUGAAGAGGCCUCGCCUCUCAGGGGCAUACCUGUCACUAAUGUUCGAGACCUUGCCUUUUUCUUCGAGCCCGACAAGGCCACAAACAAGCUCAAAUUCUGCCAUAUGGGGGGUGGCUUUACUAACUUCGCCAUGACUAAAAAUGGACUAUCACUUCCUUACGAGAAACUAGAGGAUUCUCAAUUCAUUCCAUUGGAUGACGAGGCCUACAUUCGUAAACUGCUACAGGAGGUGUUUCCCCAAUUUGCAAACCGCCCACUAAUCGACAAACACCUGUGCUGGUUUGCAGAUACGAUAGACUCUGACUAUAUUAUUGAUUUUGUCCCUGACACUAAUUCCUCGCUUAUUGUCCUCUCUGGAGACUCAGGUCAUGGGUUCAAGAUGCUUCCAAUCUUUGGAGGGUUUGUCAAGGAUAUUUUGGAACAUGGGUCGCAGAGUAUUCCGAAGUGGCAGUGGAAAGACGAUACCAAACUCAAAUCGACAGGGACGUGGCGUGGUGACACGGCCACGCAAGAAUUGUCAGAAAUACCACGUGCAUAG